AUGUCCCAGCAGAAUCUGAAGAAGCUAACCAUACUUGCCUUGGUGCUGGCGCUGGCGUCUAAUCUCUACAUCUACACGUAUCCAUCUCUCUUCCCGUGCAGAUGCUCGUUUGAACAGCAAAAUGCAUUGCAAGGGCUCGACGACAACUCCACGCUAGCACAGCGUGUCUGGUGCCGCUCGCAGUACUACUUCAGUGAUGUGACCAAGCAACUGGGUUCCACACACACGCGGGCAGCGACCCCCGAGCAAGGGGCCGUGCCUGAGGUGAGGCUGCUGGCCAUCGGAGACCCGCAAAUCAACGGCAUCUGGCCCACCACGCCGUACCUGCGGCGCCUGGAGAUAUUCAUCAACGACUACUUCCUGGGCCACGUCAUCCAGCGGAUGCUUAGGCGGCUGGCGCCGACCCACGUGGCGGUGAUGGGCGACCUGUUCUCCUCGCAGUGGAUCGGCGACUCGGAGUACUACAACCGGACCAUGCGCUACACUCGCCGCCUGCUCGGGCGCAGCGACAAGCUGCUACAGGCGCAGCGCGACGAGUCGCACGAUGCCGCCGGCGAGUACAACCGCGACUGGCAGCAAUACGGCCGGGACUACGAGGCGGUGCGCCAGGGCGACCUGACGAUGUUCUCCUGGCACCGCGAGAACGCAUGGCGCUGGGCCCCCGAGGACGACUACCUCCUCAUCAACAUCACGGGCAACCACGACGUCGGCUACUCCGGCGACACCACGUACCAGCACAUGGCGCGCUACAAGCAUCUUUUCGGCGAGGACAACUACUGGAUCGAGUACGACCGCGACACGGAUCACGCUUGGCGCGUCGUGGUCCUCAACGACCUGCUCCUGGAGGGCCCCGCGCUUCAGCCGGAGUUCAUCGACACCACCUGGCGCUUCCUGGAGCACCUCGCCGCCCGCGACUUCCCCGGCACCACCGUGCUGUUGACCCACGUCCCCUUCCACAAACCCGCAGGCCUCUGCCACGACAACCCGGAGACCAGGUACUACCCCCCCGGCUACGAGCGCGAGCCCUACAAGGUCGGCCUCCUGCGUUCGCAGAACCUGCUCUCCCCAGACGUCUCUGACCGCGUGCUCAACCUCGUCUUUGCGAACGGCAAGCCCGGCAUCAUCCUGACCGGCCACGACCACGAGGGCUGCGACACCGCCUACACCCGCGCCCCCGAUGGCUCUUGGGCCGCCCAACCGCCCUCCGCCCAGCCCGCCCACGUCCGCGAGCUCACCGUCCGCUCCGUCAUGGCCCAGUACGGCGGCAACGUCGGCCUUCUGCGCGGCUCGUUCGACCCCGCCACCGCCUCUUGGCGCUGGACCUACUCCGUGUGUCCCUUCGCCCACCAGGCGGUCUGGUACUGCGCCAAGCUUAUGCCCGUCGUUUUGAUCCUCCUGCUCUCCACCCUCUACGUGUGGUAG